UCCCAGCUUGAGUCUGUCUUCACAGCGGCAGCAGCUCCGCCUGGAAGUUAAACACAUGAUGGCAGCACCGAAGAAAGUCUGUGUGGUUGGCUCUGGUAACUGGGGCUCUGCCAUUGCCAAGAUUGUGGGUGCCAACGCAGCCAAGUAUGACAAGUUUGAGACCACAGUGAACAUGUGGGUGUUCGAAGAGAUGGUGAACGGCCGUAAACUCACAGAAAUCAUCAACACAGACCAUGAAAAUGUGAAAUAUCUGCCCGGUCACAAGCUGCCCCCCAAUGUGUUGGCUGUUCCAGACUUGGCUGAGUCUGUGAAAGGAGCUGACAUCCUGAUCUUUGUGGUCCCUCAUCAGUUCAUUGUGAGAGUAUGCGACACCAUUAAGGACCACAUCAAGAAGGACGCUGUAGGAAUGUCUCUUAUCAAGGGCGUUGAUGCAGGUCCAGAGGGUCUGAAGCUGAUCUCGGAGGUCAUUCGAGGGAAGCUGGGCAUCGCCAUGACGGUCCUCAUGGGAGCAAACAUUGCCAAUGAGGUCGCUGAGGAGAAGUUCUGUGAAACAACCAUCGGGUGCAAAGACAAGGCUUACGGGCCAAUGCUGAAGGAGCUGAUGCAGACCACCAACUUCCGUGUGUCUGUGGUGGAAGAGUCUGAUGUUGUGGAGAUUUGCGGGGCGCUCAAGAACAUUGUAGCUGUUGGGGCAGGUUUCUGUGAUGGCCUGGGAUUUGGCGACAACACCAAGGCAGCAGUGAUUCGUCUCGGCCUGAUGGAGAUGAUCGCCUUCGCCAGGGUCUUCUGCACAAACUGCCCUGUCUCCCCGGCCACCUUCCUGGAGAGCUGUGGCAUCGCUGACCUCAUCACAACCUGCUACGGUGGACGCAACCGCAAGAUCGGGGAAGCUUUCGCCAAAACAGGCAAAACCAUUGAGCAGUUAGAGAAUGAGCUGCUGAACGGUCAGAAGCUUCAAGGUCCAGCGACUGCAAGUGAGGUCCACCAAGUCUUGAAACAGAAAAACAUGGCGGAAAAGUUUCCUCUUUUCACUGCUGUUUACCAGAUCUGCUUCAACGGCCACGCAGUCACAGAGUUCAUCAACUGUUUGCAGAACCACCCAGAACACAUGUGAAGGAGCAUGGACUGAUGAAUGGGUGGAAGUUGAGCUUUUACACUACUGUACAACCCAGGUGAUUAUAAAGGGGGGAAGGUUAUGUGAAGACCGUGCCUAAUCUUGACUACUUUCAUGUUUGAAUCUCAAACAGAAAAGGGGGAAAAAAUGGAGCGGAGUUGUCUUCUUUACCGGAGCUGCGGUGUUGACCAGCUUUCUAUUCCAUUACGGAAAGAAGCAUAACUCCUUUUUGUUUUUACUGAUUAGACACACACAUGUCACAGACUGAUGCAUACAUCUACCAAGUCUUAAAAGUUUCAGAAUUUGAAUUACUCUGCCUUACACAACACACGAACCCCGACCUUAAUGUUACGAAAUGUUACACCAUUUCUUGUUUAGAAGUGCCUUGUCUUUUCACUGUAUGUUUUCCAAUGUUAAACAAAGCACUGCACACACACACACUAGUUACCACUCCUGCUGUGUUGUUUUUCUUCUGGACUUAUUAAGAUGCAGCCAACUACCUAACAAGAUUUAUUUUGGAAUAAAUUAUUGAACUUGU